AUGGGGGCGCGGACGCCGAGCGCUCCGGCGGGGUCCAGCGCGCUGGUCAGGCUCGGGCUGCUGGGCGGCGCGGGGCAACAAGACCCGCCACAAGUCGUCUUCAAGCGCCUCGAGGGGAUCAAGCAAAAGGUGUACGCCGAGGGGACCCAAAUCGUCAUCAGUGGCUCCAGAAGCCGAUCAUCUACGACGUCUGCGCACGACCCAACCCAAGCUGGUGGAGAACACCUUCGGGAGCCGGGAUUGGCCGUGAGCAGGGAGAUCAGGAAGGUGCUGACAGAGAGGGCAAAGAAUUUCAACAUUGCUCUGGAUGAUGUGUCCAUUACCAGUCUCAGCUUUGGUAAAGAGUUCACUCAUGCCAUUGAAGCCAAACAGGUUGCUGCUCAGAAAGCUGAGCGUGCCAAGUUCAUUGUUGAGAAGGCUGAGCAAGACAAGAGAAGUGCAAUUGUCAGGGCACAGGAAGCGCUCUCCCGAUGGAGCGCCUGUGUUCGGCUGGCUCCGCUCCGUGAGAAUGUGGGCUGGCAGCGCAUUACAGUCAAGUAUGGGCUGUUCAGGUGGACUUCCAGUGGUAUGUUCAUACGACUGAAUAUAGUUUCAGACUUCCAGUGGUAUGUUCGCUGUGAGCAGGGAGAUCAGGGAGAUUUUGACAGUGAGGCUAAGAAUUUCAAUAUUGCUCUGGAUGGUGUGUCCGUUACUAGUCUCAAUUUUGGUAAAGAGUUCACUCAUGCCAUUGAAGCUGAACAGGUUGCUGCACACCAAGCUGAGCAUGCCAAAUUCAUUGUUGAGAAGGCUGAGCAAGACAAGAAAAGUGCAAUUGUUCUUUAUGCCCUGUUGACAGUUUCAGUCAUAGUUACUACCACCGGUAAGCAAAACAGGAACUAG